AUGCUCUGCAAAGAAUUCAACGAAUACACCCGCCUCAUUCCUCUCACAUUUCUCCUCGGAUUCUACGUUUCCAGCGUUGUCUCAAGAUGGUGGAGCCAAUUUGAAUGUCUCAGUUGGCCAGAAGACCUUUUAUCAGUAGUCUGCUUAAUUCUUCCCGAGAACACGGAGGACACGAGAAGGAAACGGCAUCAGAUCGCUCGCUAUGUCAACCUGGUUGCCGCUAUUGCAUGGCGUGACGUCUCCGAUAAAAUUCGCCUUCGCUUCCCUACUUUUCACAAUUUGGUUGACGCUGGUCUCAUGACGGAAUCUGAAUUCCUACGUCUCGAGAAAAUGGAGUCACCAUCGCCAGGCGUUCGAUGGAUUGCUCCACUCCUCUGGAUACAGCAGCUUGUCACAGUUGAGGUUGAAUCUGGACGAGCCGCAACGAACUAUCUGUCAGUUUUCGCCAACGAAAUGAAACAAUAUCGUUCAUCGUUUCGCAAACUUUUCUGCCAUGACUGGGUGUGCGUGCCGCUCGUCUACACGCAGGUAAAAACACUGUUACUAGUUGUAGCGAUCCAGUGUGAAUGCGAAACCACAGAUGAGUGCACAAGACCUGCUUGCAAAGAAGUUUUGGUAACCACUUGCUGUGAAACACGUUCCCGUGAAAGCAUGACUCUGCAAGAAGGGGAACAAUUCAUAAUGGGUAUCACGAUUGUACCCUUAGUUCAAAUACUUUUCACAGUCCUCUGCGGCUUCCCUCCUCCUCCUCACUACGAAGAUGGAAAAUAG